AUGGCGCCCCAGUACACGCCCAUCCCCCUCCCCCAGACCCCGACCCAGACCCUCGCCACGCUCGCCGGCCUGGGCGCCUCCGCCUGGCUCUUAAAGCUCAUCGUCCGACACAUCCUCCUCCGCCUCCCCGCAAACCCCUCGUCGAAAUCCCCCUCCUCCGCCGGUCCGCACUUCGCAGCAAUGUCCCCCGACCGGAAACAGGCCCUCCAGGACCGCCCGGCCAUCAUCGUCGGCGGCGGCCUCGCCGGCCUCGUCGCCGCCUUCGAGCUCUCCGAGCGCGGCGUCCCCACCAUCGUCAUCGACCAGGAGAACGAGGCGAACCUCGGCGGCCAGGCCUUCUGGUCGCUCGGCGGCAUCUUCUGCGUCAACUCGGCCGAGCAGCGACGCAUGGGCAUCAAGGACUCGCGGGAGCUCGCUAUGAGAGACUGGUUCGGCUCGGCGGCGUUCGACCGCGAAAAGGAGGAUACGUGGCCGCGGCGCUGGGCCGAGGCGUUUGUCAACUUCGCCGCCGACGAGAUGGAGGCGUACGUCAAGGCGAGGGGUAUGGGCUUCCUCUUCAACGUCGGCUGGGCCGAGAGGGGCUGUGGCAGGGCGGAGGGACACGGUAAUUCGGUUCCGCGGUUCCACGUCACAUGGGGCACUGGGCCGGAGGUCGUGAGGGUGUUUGAGGAGCCGGUGCGGCGCGCGGCCAAGAACGGCGUCGUGCAGUUCCGCUUCCGGCACCGCGUCGACGAGAUCAUCACCGACGAGACGGGCCGCGCGAUCGGUGUGAGGGGGAAGGUGCUGGCGCCGGAUAGCUCUGCUCGCGGCGUCAAGUCGAACCGGAAUGUCGUCGACGACUUUGAGAUUUUCGGCUCCGCUGUCGCGGUUACGUCUGGUGGUAUUGGAGGCAACGUCGAGGCAGUGAAGGCGGCGUGGCCCGUCGACCGGCUCGGGCCCAAGGUCCCGGAGAACUUCGUCGUCGGCGUGCCCGCGCAUGUCGACGGAAGGAUGAUUGGGAUCGCGGAGCAGGUCGGCGCGAACGUCAUCAACCGCGACCGCAUGUGGCAUUACACUGAGGGCCUGCAGAACUGGAACCCCAUCUGGCCGGACCACGGCAUCCGCGUGCUCCCCGCGCCGAGCUCACUCUGGCUUGACGCCACCGGCAAACGACUCCCCCCGUUUCUCUUCCCCGGCUCCGACACCCUGGCGACGUUGAAGCACAUCUGCAGCACGGGAUACGACUACACGUGGUUCAUCCUGGACCAGAGCAUCAUCGCGCGCGAGUUCGCCCUCUCCGGCUCCGAGCAGAACCCGGACGUGACGGGCAAGAGCGUCUGGCAGCUUCUGACCCGCGUCUUCGGCAAGAAGGGCACGGUGCCGGUGCAGAACUUCCAAAAGUACGGCAAGGACUUCGUGGUGAGGGACAACCUCCCCGAGCUGGUGCAGGGGAUGAACGAGCUGCAGCGCGAGCGCGGCGGCCCCGUGCUCGACCUCGCGGAUAUCCAGGAGACGAUCGAGAUCCGCGACGGGCAGUUUGACAACGCGUACUCCAAGGAUGCGCAGGCGAUGUUGAUCAACAACGGCCGCACGUACUGGGCCGACAAGCGCAGCCGCAUCGCGCCGCCGCACAAGCUGCUCGACAAGGCCCACGGCCCGUUGAUCGCGGUCCGGAUGAACCUGCUGACGCGGAAGACGCUCGGCGGCAUCGAGACGAACCUGGAGAGCAACGUCAUGAAGGCCGACGGGGAGAAGUUCUCUGGUCUGUAUGCGGCGGGUGAGGCCGCUGGAUUCGGUGGCGGCGGCGUCCAUGGAUACAACAGCUUGGAGGGGACGUUCUUGGGAGGCUGCAUCUUCUCGGGAAGGGCAGCCGGACGCGGUAUUGCUGAUGAGUUGUUGGGGCCGGCGGAAGCCAAGGGCGCCCGCUCCAAGAUGUAA